AUCAACAUGGCGGAUGUAGUACGUCCGAACUCCAUUCAUACUACCCUCAUUCAUACUAUAUAGAACGUACUUUUUUAACGGUCGAGAAGUACGUUUUAAUUCAAAUGUAGUACCUACACAAGUAGUAUGCGAUUUCGGACACAGCCUUCGUGUUUAUUGCACCGCCUAUAUGUCAGUAAGUUACAAAUACUUCCUGAUCACCUGACUCGAUGCAACCAUUUGAAAUCGAAAGUAAAGAAUAAGUGAAAGUAAAACUGAUCUGCGGACAUUUCACGAACAUGAGCUUACUUCAGCGAAUCAUCUAUGUUUGUGGUAAUUUGUAGCUAAAGGACAUGAUCGGUUUGGUUUAAUUUAUCAUUUGAAGAUGCACCGAAUGAACUGUGUUUUGAUGUCAGCACUGCUGAUGAUCGCCGAUGGAUUGACUGUGCAUGGUCCCUCUGGUCCUCUGGUUGCUCCUCUGGGAUCUUCAGUGGUGUUGCCCUGUUCUGUAGAUGAACUUUUAUCAGUGGAGGGUCUGGAGGUGGAAUGGAGAAGAACAGACUCAGAUACUUUAGUUCAUCUGUAUCAAGAUGGUGAGAGUCGAGCAGAAGCCCAGCAGCAGGAUUAUCAGGAUAGAGCUCAUUUCAUUACUGAAGAGAUUCAACGUGGAAACUUCUCCCUCCGUCUGGACAACCUGAGAGCUGAAGAUGAUGGACGAUACACAUGUACUGUCUUCAGUCAGCAAGAGUCUGGAGAGACUGUGGUUGAAAUAAAAGUUGAUAAUGUUGAGCAUUUGAGAGUAUCAGGAUCGAGUCGCUCCAUAUCAGCGUCUGUGGGUGAAGACGUCACUCUGAGCUGCUCUGUAGACUCUCACAUCUCUCCUGAAGAACUGGAAGUUUCAUGGAUGAAAACAGAUGAAGAUGGAGAUAUUGUGGUUCUGCUCUUCCAAAACAAUAAGGCUUUACCAGAGGCAACAGAUGAGCGAUACAGAGACAGAGUUGAGUUCUUCACCGCUGAAACUCCCAAAGGAAACUUCUCUCUCAGACUGAAGAGCGUCAGAACUGAGGAUAAAGGAGUUUAUAUGUGUGAGGUGUUUGCUGGAGGACUUUCAGCCAAUACAACUGUAGUACUGGAGAGACUGGGUUUCUCUGUUUUACACAUAAUGGUGUUGGUUCUCUGUAUUUCUGCAUCUGGAUCUGCUCUUCUGCUCUGCUGCCUGAUCUACUGCAGAUCUCCUACUAAAGAGCUCCUUAUGAAUGAUGAUGAUGUUCCUCUGGGAGGUUCAGUGGAUUUGGCCUGUCAGGUCGACAAAAGCUUGUUAGAGAACAGUCUGAAGGUGGAGUGGAGAAGAGCAGACUCAGAGAAUCUGGUUCAUCUGUAUCAAGAUGGCAAGAGUCGAGCAGAAGAACAGCACCAGGAUUAUCACAAAAGAGCGCAUUUCUCAAAGAAGAAGAUUAAAGAUGGAAACUUUUCCCUCCGUCUGAAAAAACUGAGAGCUGGAGAUGAAGGGGUUUACACAUGUCAAGUCUACAGGGAGCAGGACUGUGUGUGUUCAGUCAACACAGAGUUAAAACUGGGAUUCAUUGUGAAACCUUCUCAUCACACAUCUGUUCCUCUGGGAUCUUCAGUGGUUUUGCCCUGUUAUAAUGAUAAACCCUCUAGAAUGGAGAGUCUGAAGGUGGAAUGGAGCAAAAAAGGCUUAAAUUAUCUGGUUCAUCUGUAUGAAGAUGGUGAGAGUCAAGCAGACAAACAGCAGCAGGAUUAUCAGCAUAGAGCUCAUUUCUUUACUGAGCACCUUAAAGAUGGAAACUUCUCCCUCCGUCUGGACGAUCUGAGAGCUGAAGAUGAGGGACGAUACACAUGUACAGUUCACAGUGGUUUAUUACGGAAUCGCAGGCAAACUUCAACCAAGAUAAAUUUGGUACUGAAACUACUAGAGACAGUUUUCCGUCUUCAGAUGUUUCUCGUCUUCUGUCCAAAUGUUCUGAUGUUUCUUGCGUUUGUCCUCUGGGGUGUUUCUGAAGGGUCUCUGUUUGAGACGGUCUCUUGUUGUACUCUUUAUUUUCUGAGGCCGCUCAUGUUGCUCUGGACGGCUCCGUAUGUUAAUGACUUCACAGGCAAGAUUAAAACAUGGGUUCUGUAUUACAGUUUUAGAACAGAAUAUAUUGUUUUCUCAGCUGUUUUUUAUUCAGUUCUGUUUAAAUCUGCCUUGGACAAAAGUCUGAAUUACAGCGGAUUUGAAGGCAUCAUGAUUAUAGUCCUCUUUGUGAUAGUGAUUCUGUUCAACCUCAUCUAUAUUAUUUUCUUGUUGGUGAGAUUAAUUGGUAAAUUAAGUCAGCGGAUCAUAACUAUAUUCGGUGUUCUGGCUAAUAUAAGCUUUGAUGUUCUGCCUUCACUACAAUUCAUCCUCCUGUUCUUCUCCUUUGGAUCGGUUAAAGGAGCAAAUUCACCUUCGCUCAAGUUCAGUCACUGGCACCUUACGCUGGGAAACUAA